AUGGAUACGCUGAAGUCGAUCCUUGCCGAUAUGGGAUCGGUGAUUGUGGCGUAUUCGGGCGGGACUGACAGUGCGUUUCUUGCGUUCACAGCGCACGACGUGCUGGGUGACAAGGCGCUCGCCGUUACCGCAAAGUCGCCGAGUCUUGCGCCGUCCGAACUCAGGGAAGCAAUCGAGCUUGCGGAGCGGCUGGGCUUUCACCACCGCAUAGUCGAGACGCAUGAGGUCGAGCGCGAGGACUACGCGGAGAACAAUCCCAACCGCUGCUUCUUCUGCAAGGACGAGCUGUACACCUACCUGAGCAGCUACGCAGAGGAAGAGGGCUGGAACAGCAUCGUCAACGGCACAAAUACGGACGAUCUGGGCGAUUUUCGUCCGGGACUGAAUGCGGCAAAGCAGUACGGCGUACGCAGCCCAAUGGUGGAAGCGGACCUGUCCAAGCCUGAGAUCCGCGAACUGUCGAAGGAUAUGGACCUGCCCACGUGGGACAAGCCGGCGCAGGCAUGCCUGUCGUCGCGCAUCCCAUACGGCUCAAUGGUCACGGUGGAGGCGCUGACACGCAUCGCGCAGGCCGAAGAGUACCUGCACGACAUUGGCAUACGCCAGUUGCGAGUGCGCCAUCACGACACAGUGGCGCGCAUCGAGGUGGAGCCGCAGGACUUCAUCACGCUGACGGAUGAGGCGGUACGCGAACAGGUUGUGCGCAAAGUUCCGCGAGAUUGGCUAUUCGUAUGUAACGCUCGACCUGCAGGGCUUCCGCUCGGGAGCAUGAACGAGGUGCUGGCGGCGCUGCGAAAGAAGUCGGGCUAG